CAACUGUCAUUGACAUUGUUAUCAACCAGCAAGUCUCUUCUAAUCAGAACUCACAAAUCAUAGUCAAUAAAUCAUAAUCAUGGUCGCCAACGGUGAAAUGAAAGCUUUGUGGUAUAGCCAGCCAAGGGAAUUUGACAUUCGAACUGUUCCCAUUCCUAAAGUCGGCCCUACUGAGAUUCUCCUCAAAGUGGACAUUUGUGGAGUGUGCGGUACAGAUGCUCAUAUCCAUGAAGGAGAGUUUAUCUCUAAAUUCCCUUUGAUCCCUGGUCAUGAAGCCGUGGGAAGGGUUGUGGAAUUUGGAGAGAAAGUGACGGGUUUCGAGAAAGGUGACAGGGUUGCUGCGGAUGUUGGGGAAACUUGUCGAUCUUGUCAUUAUUGCCGACGAGGAGAAGAACUCUUCUGUGAACAUUUCUCCCCAGCAGGUGUGACGAGGGAUGGAGGUUUUGCGGAUUAUAUCAAAUACGACUUUUCCAAAUGUUACAAGAUCAAGAACCUCAGCGACGAAGAGGCCACUUUGCUCGAACCUGCCUCAUGUGCUAUUCACGGGAUGGACAAACUCCAGAUGCCCUUCGGGGCCAAAGUCCUCUUGAUCGGUGCUGGUCCCACUGGUCUUAUCCUUGCUCAAUUGAUGAAGAUUGGAGGAGCAGCACAUAUCACCAUCGCCGCCAACAAGGGCAUCAAGAUGGAUCUCGCGCGUCAGUUGGAUGCGGGGGAUGCGUAUAUCGAUUUGGACAGGAAUGACGCUGCUGCUCAAUGGGCAAAGAUCAAGCAGGAUAACCCAUACGGUUUCGACGUUGUAGCCGAGUGCACCGGUGUGGAAUCGAUCGUCGAUGACGCUAUCAACUACGUUUCCCGCGGAGGUACUUUGCUCGUUUAUGGAGUGUACGAAGACAAAGCCCGCGUUCAUUGGUCCCCUACCAAGAUCUUCGUGGACGAGAUCAAGAUUAUCGGUUCUUUCUCGCAGACCUACUGUUUCCCCCGGGCUAUUGAGCUAUUAGACUCUGGUAAGAUUCGUACCAAGGGUAUGGUUACCGACGUUUUUCCUUUGGAACAAUACCAAGAUGCCCUCGAUAAGAUGGCCAGUCGUCAAGCUCUCAAAAUCGCUAUCCGACCUUAGAUAAUUGAGCAUCCAUAGUAAGAGUCAGAGUUAGAAUCUAGUUAAACGUAGCAUUCGUCGCAUGAAAGAGAUGUAGCCAAAAGUUAUCCGUC